CUGCGGGGCGCCGGUGAGAGCCCCCUUGAGUCCAGGGUCGGGAGGGUCUUGGGUCCGGAGGGUCCGCCCGGGUCCUUGCGGGCCGGAGGAUCUUGAAGCCAUGGAUUACCCACAUGUGCUUUGAGACACGCUUUAGAUUUUUUCCUAAAAGUCCUGCAACCAUCCUAAAACUUGAACGUGUCAUGGAACAGACAGACUGAGGGUCCGUGGCAGCAGCGUCGACUUAGAGCAAUGUUUCGUGGUGUCCUGGGGAAGACCUUUCGGCUGGUUGGCUACACCAUCCAGUAUGGGUGCCUAGCCCACUGCGCUUUUGAGUACGUUGGUGGGGUUGUGAUGUGUUCUGGACCAUCCAUGGAGCCUACCAUUCGAAAUUCAGACGUCGUCUUUGCAGAAAACCUCAGCCGACACUUUCACAGCAUCCAGAGAGGUGACAUUGUGAUUGCAAAAAGCCCGAGUGAUCCAAAAUCAAAUAUCUGUAAAAGAGUAAUUGGUUUGGAAGGAGACAAAAUCCUCACCACUAGCCCGUCAGAUUUCUUUAAAAGCCGUAGUUAUGUACCCAUGGGCCACGUCUGGUUAGAAGGUGACAAUCUACAGAAUUCCACAGACUCCAGGUACUAUGGACCGAUCCCUUAUGGACUGAUAAGAGGACGCAUCUUCUUUAAGAUCUGGCCUCUGAGUGACUUUGGGUUUCUGCGUGACAGCCCCAACGGCCACCGGUUUUCUGAUGACUGACAAGCGUAUACUCCUCCAACCUCAUGACUGUCUGCUGGGCUGGUGAAUUUACGACCGAAGCUGAAGCCAUUGACCCUCCCAAUAAAUGAUUUGCUAUUUAC